AAAAAGUUUUGCCUCAUCGACGCCGCCGUCUAUUGUUGUAGACAGUUCCAUCAAUUAGGGUUUUCGUCGGCCGGCACUUGCAGAGGCGUAUCUUGAAUCUAGGACAUGGGGUCGCAUGAGCAAUCUGCGGAGCAAAGUGGUACGAGCAGUGUUGUAUCUAAGAAAGUUUCUGAGAUUUGGCAGCGGAUGAACGAAGGAGUUCCGAAUAAGCGGUUCAAUUUUGUCGCCUCAACCGCUUUGCCCGCUACAAAACCAGCUAAUAACAAUUGGAAAAGUUAUCUUGGCGUGGAUGGGAAGAAGAAGAAGGAUCAUUGCGUUUCGAAUGUAGCAAAGGAAGAUAGUGUUUUGAAUCAUACUUGUAGUGAGGAGGCUAAGAGUAUUGCUGCAGCUGCUUUAGCUGCUGUGAGAAACGCUACUGCGACCGCUGCAGCUGCUUCCAGCCGUGGAAAGAUUGAGAUUACCGAGGUCAAAGACUUUGCGGGUCAAGAAAUCGAAGUAAAGCGGUUAGUGGAAGCAGAUUCAAAAGAAGCACUGGACCGAGGAAACAAAGGCUCCUCCGCGUCCUCCUCGGCGGCGCCGUCAGCGGUUGAUGCGGUUCUUGAGCAGAUAAAAAAGAAACAAAAGCUGAGUGUUUUGGACAAGACGAAGAAAGACUGGGGAGAGUAUAAGGAGGAAAACAAAGGUGUCGAAGACGAGCUAGAUAAGUACAAGAAAAGCUCAGACAAGUAUCUCGACAAAGUCAGUUUCUUGGAGAGAGCUGAUUACAGACAGUUUGAGAAAGAGAGAGACGCUCGUUUAGCUCUUCAGUCCAAGAGAAGACACGAUGAUGUCUGAAAUGUGACCACCGACUCUUUUAACUUUCUUCUUCUUCUUCUUCUUCUUCUUCUUCUUCUUCUUCUUCUUCUUCUUAAUUCUGCUGUAAGUAAUCUUGUUUUCUGCUCUGUUAGAGAAGUGAUCUUAGUAAGACAUUUGUAGCAUUUUCUCAAGUGAUUUGGUCACAUUCUUUGCAGAGUCUAAACUAAUUCCUCGUUUUCUUGGUUGAUUCGUAUUUAUCUUUUCUUUUCUU